AUGUGUUCAACUCACGCAUUCUCCAACCGCAGCUCGACCCUUCCCUUUCCCUCACCUCACGUCCCCCUCCCGAUGAGCCCGUUGUGCCGCGUGCCCUACCCCAGUAGCGAGGCGGGGAGCAGUGGGGCGGUUCGUGUACCAGCGCCUCUGUGCCUGCCAGGUGCUGCCAGCGGCGAAGCAUGGGCCGGAUCGGUGUGUAGUGUUGGCCCACGCGUGAACCAACAGUGGCACCACGCCUCCUCUCGUUUACUCCGCCCCCUUGCUCCGUCCGUCCCUGCCCUCGAUUCUCCCCUCCCCUCCCACCCCCCUCCCUUCCUAACAUUUCUCUCCUUCGCUCUUGGCCCUCCUUUCUCCUGUUUUGAGCCACCUCCACUAACCCUCCUGUGUGUGUGCAUUGUUCCCCUCCCACUUCCCCUGUGUGUGUGCAUUCUUCCCCUCCCACCCCCCCUGUGUGUGUGCAUUGUUUCCCGCCCACCCCCCUGUGUGUGUGCAUUGUUCCCCUCCCACCCCCCUGUGUGUGUGCAUUGUUCCCCUCCCACCCCCCUGUGUGUGUGCAUUCUUCCCCUCCCACCCCCCUGUGUGUGUACAUUCUUCCCCUCCCACCCCCCUGUGUGUGUGCAUUCUUCCCCUCCCACCCCCCUGUGUGUGUGCAUUCUUCCCCUCCCACCCCCCUGUGUGUGUGCAUUCUUCCCCUCCCACCCCCCUGUGUGUGUGCAUUCUUCCCCUCCCACCCCCCUUACGCUUGCGUUCACACACUCGCCAUACCUCCUGCUCACCCUCGGCUUCCUGGCAGCUUCCUCACGUGACGCAGCGCUGGCAGUGGUGGCAUGGGGCGCAUAUCUUCACUGCAGGACCUCAAAGGGGCGUGCGCUGGCAGGAAAUAGUGGUGCCAAGUCAGCACCUACAUGCUCAUUCCCCGCUCCCAACCCACCCCCCUUCCGCUCACCCAUCCCUCUCCCUUCUCUCCCUAACACCCUUCAGCAAGUUUUGGACCAACCCGCAAGUGUUGUUGUGUUGCACGAACCCGUAGCAUCUCGUCUGCGGCUCUGCCUGCACGACUCAUCAGCAGCAGCGGCAGUGGUGAGCGAGGUCUGCGUCUGCCUCUCUACCAUCGCCGGGCACUCUGAAUCCCUCGCCCUGCAAGUGUUGGACCAACCCGGAGCAUCCCGUUUGCUGCUCUGCCUGCACGACUCCUCGGCCUCCCUGCGGGCGUCAGCGCAGCAGGGAGGGGUGAGGGAGGUGGCGAGGCAGGGACCGGCAGCAGCAGGCCGGCUGGUGGGCAUGGGGAGCAUCGGGCCGCUGCUGGAUGCUGUGGGCACGUGGAGGGACGAGGUGUGGUGGCUCUCGGCUUCCUGGCAGCUUCCUCACCAGACCAGAUGCAGCGCUGGCAGGGGUGGCAUGGGGUGGCAUGGGGUGGCAUGGGGUGGCAUGGGGCGGCAUAUCCUUGCUGCAGGACCUGGUAGUGAUGGUUUAUGCUCACGCCAUCCUCACAGGGGCGUGCGAGUGGGCGCUCUCACGUGGGCGCGGAACAAUCGUGGGAGGGCACACGAGUUAAGUGACGAAGUGGGGAAGGGAGAAAGCGGGGAAGCAACGGCCGCUAGUUGCGGUGGCGCUGGUGGGGGUGCAGCGGAGGGGCGUUUCUCAAGGGGGCAGAGAUGCGAGCUUAGGGGGACAGAGAGGCGAGCAGAAGGGGGAGAGAUGCGAGUAGGGGAGGAGGGGAGAGAAAGGUUUGGAGGCCCCGCGUGCGACAAGGCCUUCACGGUGGUGUUGUCGUUAGUCGAGUCACCCGUCACGUUCUUGCCCGUGCGACCUUCCCCUAUCAACUCAUGUGAGCAGUAUGAAUUCGUUCGAGCAAUAUGGAUUCAUGCGAGCAAUAAAAUUAUGCUUAUAGCAUGCAAGCCUCAUUUUCCUGCUCUGUCCCCCUUCAAUCACUCCUCCCCAUCACCAGUGACUCUGCUCCCAUCCUAG